GCUUGACUUGAGCAAGCCACACGCUUAGCUUAGCCUUAGCUAGCUAGCUUACUCCACAGUGCGCAAAGCACACCACAUCAACGAUGGCGACUACGGGCAGCCGUAGUACACUGGUUCUGGUCUAUCUGACCGUCGCAGUGCUAGUCUCCCCUGCCCUGUCCGCCCCUCUGGACGGCGCCGGCUUCCACUCGGCGACGUGCCCGCAGCUGGAGAGCAUCGUGUUCUCCUCCGUGCAGGCGGCGCUCCAGCGGGAGGUGGCGCUCGCCGCCGGCCUGCUCCGCAUCUUCUUCCACGACUGCUUCCCGCAGGGCUGCGACGCGUCCGUGUACCUCAAGGGCAGAGGCACGGAGCAGGCCAUGGGGCCCAACACCACGCUGCAGCCGCGGGCGCUGCAGCUCGUGGAGGACAUCCGCGCCAAGGUGCACGCCGCGUGCGGCCCCACCGUGUCCUGCGCCGACAUCUCGGCGCUCGCCACCCGCGACGCCGUCGUGCUCUCCGGCGGGCCCAACUACACGGUACCGCAGGGCCAGUUCGACAGCCUCGCCCCAGCGUCUCAGAACGUCGUCAAUGGCCUCCCGUCGCCGGCGACCUCCAGCGUAUCCGCCCUCGCGCGCGCCUUCAGCGGCAAGGGCCUCCGUGACCUGGCCGACCUGGUGGCGCUCUCCGGCGCGCACACCGUCGGGAGGACUGGCUGCCCGUUCUUCCGCGACCGGGCUCAGCGCAUGGACGACGCCUUCUCCCGGAGGCUGGCGGCCAACUGCAGCGCGGCCCCGAACCGGCUCCAGAACCUGGACGUGGUGACCCCCGACCUGUUCGACAACGGCUACUACAAGGCGCUGGUGAACAGCCAGGGCGUCUUCACCUCCGACAUGGUGCUCAUCAAGGACCGAACCACGGCGCCCAUCGUGCAGCAGUUCGCGCGGAACAAGGACGCCUUCUUCGCGCAGUUCGCCAAGUCCAUGGCCAAGCUCGCCACCGCGCCGAGGCCCGGCGGGAACGUCGGCGAGAUCCGCCGCAACUGCUUCAGCCCCAACGCCCUGCGCGCCAUCGACACCGUCGUCGAGGCCGGCGAGGAGGAAGGAUUCACGGCUUCUGCCUGAUUUGCGUGCGUGCAUUUGCUGGCACGUGCAUGGCUUCGUGUAUGUUAGCUGUUAAUUUCUGCUCGCGUGUGUGCGUGUUCGUGCUUUGGAUCUGUAGUGUAAUAAGAGACUUCAUCAGUGAGUCACUGAGUGCUUGCUUGCUCAAGGUUCAACAUUUCAACGAAAUUUCACCUGGUGGGGUACCGAAA